CUUGAUCUUUUGAAGUAAGGACAAAUACAACAUUAGCCGUCAGCGAGACGUCAGCUCACAGCUGCGUCAGCUCUACAGGAAACGGCGCUAUCUUCAAUUUAAAAGCAGAAGGCCAUUAAUCAUUAUAUUUUAUUCUGAUUAUUCUCGAUUUAAAAAAGUGGGAUUCUUGACUUCAUAGGAACAACUUUUGUCCGUGAUGUCGUUUUGAUAACGGUCUCGGCGAGUUAUGGGUUGUGGGGCGAGUAGCACCGUGCGACCUUUCUUCAUCCGGCAACCAGCAAGCGACACCGAAAACACUCUCACUUCAGUCCCAUUGUCAACACGGCGAAAAAAACUAGUUCGCGAAUCCUGGGAGCUGAUCGAACCGGUGAAAAUCACAAUUGGAAAACGAAUUUUUACAAGACUAUUUGACGUGAACCCGAACAUGCAAGACACAUUCCCAAACUUCAAAGGCAAGGAAUUGAAGGAUAUCCUAAACUCUCGUUCGUUGUAUUUGCACGCCAAGCGCGUGAUGGUAGCUGUUGAGAACGCCGUGACGGUUCUAGAUGACGCCGAGACUUUCGAAAGUUAUCUCAUCAACCUCGGAGGUCGUCAUCUUCCUUGGGGAGUGACAAAGGACCACUUCGGUGUUGUCGGUGAGGCGUUCAUAUGGGCGUUACAAGAUGUACUAGGCGAAGGAUGCACAUCUGACGUAGCCGAGGCUUGGAUCGAUUUAUAUGGGUAUAUUGUACAAGCAAUGCUAGAGGGAUUGCAGCAAGCAAAAAAGGGACGCUAAAAACGCCGAUGAUGUUCCCAUGUGUGCAGCAUUCGUGAAUCCAACCAUUUAGCUGACAGCCAGCAAAUACCCUAUCGGGAUGGGGGUGUAUUGAAGACAGCUCCACCCUUGAGGGUUCAGAGGCAUUGCGAUACUGGUAGCCUUUGAACGUCAAUCUUGCUCAGAUUAAUUGCAAAAUAGCCUGCUUGCAGACAUUUAAAACCAUGCAAACUCGUCGAAAAACAUACCAAAAGACCACGUGAACGCGUACGAGCAGGUUUACUGAAAAAUAUCCAAUUUCCUUACAUUUAGUAAACACAAAGCAUGGAAGCAAGUCGGAUUGUUGAUUAUCCUAUUCUUGGUGUAUGACCAGUCGACGACGGGUGUUGGACAAUUGUGUGCUAAAGCAUUCUCGAAAUACACACAGGAUCCUAAAAAAAAAUAAAUGUUAAAAUCAAAUGUAGGUAUGAAUUGAUUCCGUUGCAGUCCCGUACCCAGGGGACGCGUUCGCCCCCCCCCCCCCCCAACACACACACACAAUGGCGGAAAGUUCCCUCCCGGUUCGCAAUAGACGUGCUAUUUGUAGACAAAUCACUCCGUUAUCUCAUAAAUCUGUAAGUCCAACUAUUUUGUAGCCAAAUCCGAUAAAGGUUGGUUCUCACUUGGACGUAAGCGCAAGCGGAACGCACGUAAUUUUUCACUAAGAACAUAAGCGCAAGAGAACGCAACUGCUUGAUUUUCAUCAUGCGCUUGUGUUUGGUCAAUUCUCACUUGUGUUGCGCUUCCGUUUGCGUUUGCGGCCUGGUGAGAACCAACCAUAAUAGACGUCCCGUGGAGAUACUGCAAUGGCUUAAAAACACUGAGUUUCCACAACGCGGGAAACUUAGAGACUUUUAUUCAUAUAUAUAUUAUUCCUAUAUAUUGUAUAUUAUGUUUUAAAGGGGACGAAGGAAAGGCUGGAACUCUGACUAUUUUAAACUUUGUUUUGGUUCGAUGCAUGUAGCUAAUGUAUUGUUUCUUAAAUAUCUGCUAAACGAUCCAUAACCAUGACGUGGACCUCAUAUUUGCAUUAAAUCCCUCGCUAACAAAAACAUUUAAUCAUCCGGAGACAGACUCAGUAAAAGCACCACCAGGAUGUCAAGCAAGCUCGUUGUUUUGUUGCUGCUGGGGUUAGUCGUACUUGCCUCUUGUGCUCCUGUGAGAGAGGAAAUUCGAGAAAAUGUGGUGCCAAUCGAGACCUCGAUCGACAGGCUUGAUCCCAAAUCAGUUGUGAACAACAACGAAGACGUGAAAAAUGCAAAACUGUGCGACUGGUGGUCCUGCUCGUGAAAAGCAGCAAGUGCAGCGAGGUCACCCGCCAGGUCACCCGUCAGAAUACGCCUAACGUCUGUUGAACACGCUAGCUAGUACAUUAUGACAUUACUCUUUUGUUACUCACUCCUGUUAGAAGAUUAUCUGUUUUGUUUAUUAAAGAAUACCCUGUAAUGGUUAUGACA